GUUCUGUAGACAGAAAGAGAUUGUCAGAAAUGGUUGAACCCUUAGCAGAAAGUCUGAAGUCGACUCAUGAACUACAAAGCCAAAGCCAUCCUAUUUUUGGAGAUCUGAACCUGGUUCAAGACUGCUCAAUGUGCCAAAGUAAGAAGAGUUGGGCAGAUAUGGUUGAAGAAGAUGAACAGGAGUUGUUCGAUGGCAGAACUCCAAGAAACUGGUCUGAAGGCUUGAACAAGGGGGAAGAGUUUAAUGACGAGAACAUAAAUACAAAUAUAAUUCAUGAAAGUCCUACUCUGCUGAAUCAGGUCGACAAUUUCAGCCAAAAGAUUGAAUCACUUGAUUUGGUGGACGGAUAUUACACUCAACCUCAGAAGGCUGAUUCAUCAAUGAAUCGAACAGUUCAGCGUUCAUUAAGUUUUGAUCACCAUCAGAAGCCUGAAACAGCAGAAAAUUACCAUUUGUCACCAUUGCCGAAGAAGGCCCUGAGCUUUGAAGGUUAUAAUUCUGGGAAUGAUACAAAAUUAAACAGAAGAAGCAGGCUACCUGUUUUCCAGGACAUUACUCUUCUUUCAGAAAGUCCACGACCUUGAAAUGAAUUCUGCGUCAUACUGACAAGCAUUAGCAUGAAUUGAAACUGCAGAGUGUGCUCAUUUUUGUUUGUCUGGGGUCUUUCAGUGCGUCUUUACUUGUUCGUUCCUUCUGUGUAUAGCCUUGUACAGUC